AUGGAGUUUGAAACCGUUUGUCGGACUUGUUUGGGGAAAACGACCCUAAACCCAUUAUUUACGAAUUUAAACGAUCGAUACUCGAAAGAAAUUUACUUAAUUUCUGGUGUUAAGGUCGAAUACAACGACGGCUUCCCACAGAACGUAUGCUUGGACUGUGUGAGCUCCCUCAAUGACGCCAUUAAAUUUCGAGAGCUAUGUAUAAGUACAGAAGGUCAAUUAUUAAGAAUUAAAAAUGAAGUACAUGAAAAAGUUACAGAAAGACAACUAGAAACUGAAUUUAAAUUUGAAACAUUUCUAGAUGAAGAUGUGGAGAUUAAACAAGAGAAUGAUGAAACAAAUGAUAAAGAUGAGAAGUUAUUAAAGUCUAUGACAGGAACGGUAAAUUCAUUUGAAGACUUUAAGCUUGAUGUCUGCGAAAAUACAGUUAAGAAACACUCUGAAUUAUCAAUAAAAAAUGAAAGUAAUGAUGACUUAGAAAUCUCAGAUGCUUUAAAUAUUCUUGAUGAAAAAACUGUUAACUGUCAAGAUAGCACAAAAGAUUUAAUAAAAAAUAGCACUCAACAUCAUAUUGAAAAAGGUAAUACAGAAACAAAAAAUAAUACUGAACUGCAAUUAAGACAGAAACGUGUGACAUGCAGGAUAUGUCAAAAGAAUCUAUCAAUACGGAGUAUAGCUGUGCAUAUGAACAAGUGUCAUCCGGGAGCUGACGAGAGGAAGGUCAAGUGUGAGCUGUGUGAUAAAUUUGUAUUGAAAGAAAGAUUACAAAAACAUCAAUUGAAGAUGCACGGCCCAGAUUUAAAAAUAUGCGCACACUGUAAAGUACAAUUCGACAGCAACCAAACACUGAUGAAACAUGUCUUAACUUGUUCUGCUAAGAAGAAAUGGAAAAGAUAUGAAUCGGGUAAGAAGUUGACAGAGUGCGACGUGUGUCACAAGGAGAUGCAGAGGGGGGAGCUUGCGUUUGCACAAGGCGGUCAAACACGCCGGCCUGGGACCUGUUUGUGA